AUGUCCUGCCGCUCCUACCGGAUCAGCCCAGGAUGUGGGGUCACCAGGACCUUCAGCUCCUGCUCGGCUGUGGCCCCCAAAACUGGCAAUCGCUGCUGCAUCAGCGCGGCACCCUACCGAGGGGUGUCCUGCUACCGGGGGCUGACGGGCUUCGGCAGCCGCAGCCUCUCCAACCUGGGCUCCUGCGGGCCCCGCAUGGCCGUGGGCGGCUUCCGCGCCGGCUCCUGCGGCCGCACCUUCGGCUACCGCUCCGGCGGCGUGUGCGGGCCGAGCCCGCCCUGCAUCACCACCGUGUCGGUCAACGAGAGCCUCCUCACGCCCCUCAACCUGGAGAUCGACCCCAAUGCGCAGUGCGUGAAGCAUGAGGAGAAGGAGCAGAUCAAGUGUCUCAACAACCGGUUCGCUGCCUUCAUCGACAAGGUGCGCUUCCUGGAGCAGCAGAACAAGCUUCUGGAGACCAAGUGGCAGUUCUACCAGAACCAGCGCUGCUGUGAGAGCAACAUGGAGCCCCUGUUCAAUGGCUACAUCGAGACGCUGAGGCGGGAGGCCGAGUGCGUGGAGGCCGACAGCGGGAGGCUGGCCUCGGAGCUCAACCACGUGCAGGAGGUGCUGGAGGGCUACAAGAAGAAGUAUGAAGAGGAGGUGGCUCUGAGAGCCACGGCAGAGAACGAGUUCGUGGUUCUGAAGAAGGACGUGGACUGCGCCUACCUGCGGAAAUCAGACCUGGAGGCCAAUGUGGAGGCGUUGGUGGAGGAGUCUAGCUUCCUGAAGCGCCUCUACGAUGAGGAGCUCCAGGUUCUCCAUGCCCACAUCUCAGACACCUCGGUCAUCGUCAAGAUGGACAACAGCCGGGACCUGAACAUGGACUGCCUGGCCGAGCUGGAGGCCGCCCUGCAGAAGGCCAAGCAGGACAUGGCCUGCCUGCUCAAGGAGUACCAGGAGGUGAUGAACUCCAAGCUGGGCCUGGACAUCGAGAUCGCCACCUACAGGCGGCUGCUGGAGGGCGAGGAGCACAGGCUGUGUGAAGGUGUGGGCUCCGUGAAUGUCUGCGUCAGCAGCUCCCGUGGCGGAGUCUCCUGCGGGGGCCUCACAUGCAGCACCACCCCGGGGCGCCAUAUUGCCUCUGGCCCCGUGGCCACCGGAGGCAGCAUCACGGUGAUGGCGCCCGACUCCUGUGCCCCCUGCCAGCCCCGCUCCGCCAGCUUCAGCUGCGGGAGCAGCCGGUCUGUCCGCUUUGCGUAG